AUGCCAUCGACGUCGGCGGACAUUCUCGAGCUCAUCGCGGGCUACGUGUCCUGCCCGUUCACGCUCCUCGCGCUGCUCGAACUGCUGCCUCUGCAAGCGCUCUCGCGGCCCUUCCAGUGCCUGCGCCGACUCGCGGGCACGGUGCCCGUCGCGCGACUUUGGCCCGAGCUCUCGUACGCGGCGGUCGCGGCCGAGGCCGAUACGUUCGUCCUCGGCAUGGUCUGGCUCAAGCGUGUGCACGUGCUUCGCCUUGACAUCUGGCCGCGCCCCGAGCACAUCUCGAUCCUCUCGCACCUGCCGAUGACAUUGUCUAUCGCCGUGCCGGUACCCAUCGAGUUUGCGUCCACCUGGCGCGGCCGCCAGCUCGAAGCCUGCGCGCUCAACGUUCGCCGCGGCGACAAGGAAGCCCACCUCGAGGCAGUUGCUGCCUGGAUACAGUCGGCGCCGCAGCUUCGGCGCCUGCGUCUGUCGUUCGACAGCGCAGCUGCAACGCCGGCCACGGAAGCGCUGGUUCGGGCCAUUUGUAGUCUCAAGGCGCUCACGUCGCUGCACUUGGACGUGUUUUGGCUCGACACGUGCCCGCCUUUUGUGCUGCAGCAACUCUUGCGCUGGCUUGGCCGGCACCGCGCCAUCGACGUCGGGUUCGGCGAUCUCCGGGGCUCGACGGCGCUGGCGCGCGCACUCCACGCGUCCCGGUCCGUGCAGUCGGUCACGCUUUCACAUACCGAGCACAUGACCAGCGUGUACUUGGACGCGCCGCUGCCGACGCAUCUGCGACGGCUGACGCUGACGAGUCGACGCCUGCCGUACGCUCGGCGGCUCGCGUCAGCGCUGCUCGGCGCGAGGCUCACGCACCUCGCCCUGCGUCUCGAGGCGGUGCAGGAAACGGACCUCGUCGACGUCAUUGCUUCGAUCGCGUCGCUGUCGCAUCUUGAGAGCCUGCACAUCAAGGCGCGUCCGCUGCAGCCUGCGACCGCCGAUGUUCUUGCCGCGACAGUGGCCGGCCUCCCGCGCUUGCGUGCGUUCAAGUUUGACUGCUGGCCCGGGUUCCUCGACAGCGUGCUGUAUCUGCGCCUGGCGGCGGUCGUGCCGCGCUGCCUAGUGCUGCAUAGCCUUGUCCUGCGCGACGUGCGCUGGAGCGCCGAAGGUCUCGGGCGAUGGCGUGACGCGCUCGCGACGUCGCCAAACGUUCGUCACCUCUGCGUACGCCGCGGCAAGUUUGCAGCGCACUGGGACGACGCACCAACGAGCGUGUGCUGCCACGUCGUGACGGCGCCGUGUCACCUCGUCGACACCGAGUGGGGUGUCUCGCCCAAGAAGCUCGGGGCACUUGGCUUUCUGUAA